AUGGGAACGGAAGUUUCAGUUCUUCUUCUGCUCACUGCGGGACCUUGGGUGGUGGAGAUGGGAGAUUCGGAGGGUUUGGGCAUGGGCAUUGAGGAAGUCCAUGUCAACACCAACUUGCUGAGGCCAAUACGGCUCCAGGUGGACCCCGAGUUCCAGCGAGUGUGCUCAGAUGAGAGGGAGCAGAUCAAAGCUCUCAACAACAAAUUUGCAUCAUUCAUCGAGAAGGUUCAAUGUCUGGAGCGGCAGAAUCAGGCACUCUUGGCCAAGUGGGAACUUCUGCAGCAGCAAAGCUCUGGCCCUGAGGAGAGAAGAAACAUCAACAACUUCUUCCAGUCCUACAUCACCAACCUGCAGCGGCAGCUCGAGACACUCCAGAGCCAGAAGGAGCAGCUGGAUCCCGAAGCCUACAACAUGCUCCAGCUUGUUGAGGAUUACAAAAACAGAUUCGAGGAUGAGAUCAACAAACGCACGUCCAAGGAGGAGGAGUUUGUGGAGCUUAAAAAGGAACUGGAUAGUGCCUACAUGGGAAAAAUGGAGUUUGAUGUCCGAGUGGAUAUCCUGAGGCAGGAGCUGGAGUUCCUCCGGUGUUUAUAUGAAGCUGAGCUGUCCCAGCUGCAAACGGUUGCUGGGAACGUUGAUGUUAUUCUGUCCAUGGACAACCACAGGGACCUGAACAUGGAUGGAAUCAUUGAGGAGGUCAGGCAGGAAUACGAGGGGAUAGCCCACAGGAGCACGGCUGAAGUGGAUGCCAUGUACCGGGGCAGGAAUUCCAGCCUCCAGGACUCCAUUAAAGAUGCUGAGCACCGUGGGAGCUCGGCCGUCAGGGACGGCCAGGAAAAGCUAGAGGAGCUGGAAAAUGCUCUCCAACAGGCCAAGGAUGACCUUUCUCAGCUUGUCCACGAUUACCAGGAGCUCCUGAAUGUGAAGCUGGGCCUGGACAUUGAGAUUGCCAUGUAUCGAUCACUCCUUGAGGAGGAGGAGAACAGGGUGGCAGCAGCUCUGGAGGGUGGGGGUCUAGCUCUGGUGGUGGUGGUUCCAUUUCUGGAGGUGGAAAAGGCUCAGGAUCUGGAGGAGGAGGAAGCUCAGGCAGUGGAGGCUCCAUGUCCAAGGGUGGCAGCAGCUCUGGAGGGUGGGGGUCUAGCUCUGGUGGUGGUGGUUCCAUUUCUGGAGGUGGGAAAGGCUCAGGAUCUGGAGGAGGAGGAAGCUCAGGCAGUGGAGGCUCCAUGUCCAAGGGCGGCAGCAGCUCUGGAGGGUGGGGGUCUUGCAGUGGUGGUGGUGGUUCCAUUUCUGGAGGUGGGAAAGGCUCAGGAUCAGGAGGAGGAGGAAGCUCAGGCAGUGGAGGCUCCAUAUGUGGAGGAGGAGGAAGCUCAGGUAGUGGAGGCUCCAUGUCCAAGGGUGGCAGCAGCUCUGGAGGGUGGGGGUCUAGCUCUGGUGGUGGUAGUGGUUCCAUUUCUGGAGGUGGGAAAGGCUCAGGAUCUGGAGGAGGAGGAAGCUCAGGCAGUGGAGGCUCCAUGUCCAAGGGUGGCAGCAGCUCUGGAGGGUGGGGGUCUAGCUCUGGUGGUGGUGGUUCAAUUUCAGGAGGUGGGAAAGGCUCAGGAUCUGGAGGAGGAGGAAGUUCAGGCAGUGGAGGUUCCAUCUGUGGAGGAGGAGGAAGUUCAGGCAGUGGAGGAUCCAUGUCCCGAGGUGGCCAGAGCUCCGGUGGUUAUGGAUCAGGGUCUGGCAGUGGCAGAUGCAGCCCCCAAAGUGGGGGCAUGA